GGGGCAGAUCCGAACCCGCUAUCCCAGCCACGGUACUACAGGAUUUAAAUCAGGAAGAUAAAACCCGUCCAUGGUACAAAAUGACUUAGGGCUUUGUAAAUUUCAAGUAUGGAAACAGGGAUGUGUUGCGAAACGUGGCCAAAGAAAAGCUAUAUCAUGCCCGAUGUGUUUACAUCAAUGAGAUCGCUGACUGGAGCCCGAUUUUGUGGACCUUUCAUUAGCAGUAAUGCUAAAGGUACAAACUAAGUGGAAAGGAAGAGAACCGAAGUCCGAUUGCGGAGCUAAUUGUUCAUUUCUCGAUACGUAGACAGAUGUCUAGUAUUUGAAAUGAAAGGUUACAUAUAUUUCACCAGCCCCUUCCGCAAAUCCGCUAACCAACGCAAAACGGUUAGCACUUUAGCCAGGGCUGGGAAAACCCGACGUACUGGGUGCACUUUCGUGGGGCUGCUAUCAGGGAGGAGGGGUGGGAGCCUCACUCCACGUGUCGUCAAUCAGUUUCGCAAAAGCAUGCAAGCACCGUGGCCCUCUAUAGGUGAUGACAGCCCCCAGCCCAGCUGUAAAGCAUGCUUGAUGAUGCCUAGCGUGACGGAUCGAGGGGCGGUGCGCUCAUCGGCCUGGUCGCGGGCUCGGCGGCUCUGCUGAUGUGCCUGGAGACGCACACGUGGUCGGCGCACUUUCGAUUUCGCCCAGUCUUUUCAAUUAAACGCACUUAUUAAGUUUUGUUUCCUGUCACCCCUACAUCUCUGCCGGGAGUCCUUGGUGAGCCACCGAUAAUCGGUCCGUUUUACUUCGCCGUGCUGGGAUCUGCCUUUCUUUCCAGAUUCGUUCAUACAGGGCGCCGUAAUGCGCCACGUUUCGCCCCUGAUAAGCUGCUAGCCGUGUCUCGUUGGUUUGCUCCGAAUUUGUAGCUGACUUGGGCCGCUUGCAGCCGACUACGAGGCACCGGCGAAGUUCUACGAGACGCGACAUUACCACCUAACCAUAACGCUUCGACGUUGGCUUCAGGACGGCACUGACGAAAUAGGCUUCAAGGACUGUAUGGAGACAUGGAAACUACUGUAGAUCAAACAGCUUGGCCCAAGGAGGACCUGUUAAAGCUGCUCGACUGCAUGAAGGAGAAGCUCCCGCAGAAUGACCUUAGCAGGUUCAAGACGAUGGAGUCGCGCCUGGACUGGGAUAAGGUGGCGUUUGGGCCUUAUUCAGGAGAGACCUGCAAGCAGAAAUGGCAGGCGGUGUCACGAGAGGUACGCAAAUAUCGCACUUUGUCUGAGAUGAUUGUCGGCGCUGAAGACUUCAUCAAAAACCCCCAGAGAAGCAGAAGGGCUCAGAGACACCCAGAUUUCCCGAAAAAGCCCCUGACGGCUUAUUUGAGGUUCUUCAUGGAGAAAAGGGCAAAAUACGCCAAGCUGCACCCUGAACUGAGUAACAUGGACCUCACCAAGGUCCUCUCCAGGAAGUACAGGGAGCUUCCAGAGCGCAAGAAGGCGAAAUAUGUGCAGGAGUUUCAAAGAGAUAAAGAAGCCUUUGAACAAAAAGUGUUGAAAUUCCGGGAGGAACACCCAGAUGUAAACGUAAAGAACAACAUUCCCGAGAAACCCAAGACGCCUCAGCAGCUUUGGUACAACCACAAGAAGAAAUCCAUCCUCAAGACCCAGCCAGACGCAAACGCUAAGGACAUCAGGGACAGGUUGCUGAAGCAGUGGACACAGCUGUCGGACAAAAAGAGGCUGAAGUGGAUCAACAAGUCCCUGGAGCAGCACAGAAUAUACGAGGAAACCAUGCGCGAGUUCAUCCAGCAGCAUCCGGAGCUCAACCUCUCUGAUAGGGACAUCAAGAAGACCACUCUAACCAAGGCUGAGAGGCACCUGAAGGACAAAUCUGACGGCCGGCCUGAGAAACCUCCAGUAAACGGCUACGCCUUGUACUGCUCGGAGGCUGUAUCUAGCAUGAAGGACAUGCCGCAUCCCAAACGCUUGACGAUGUGCAGGCAGCAGUGGAAGAGGUUGGACCGGAGUGACCGGGACAGCUACCAGAAACUCUGCGAGCUGAAAAAGAAGGAAUAUGAAGUUGAAAUGGAUCGCUUCCUCUGUAGCCUCCCAAAGGAUCAGCAGCAGCGGGUCCAAGGAGAGUUGGAGGCACUGGGGGACUUGAGGAAGAGUAACAGCAGCAGCCCCGCUUCCAAGGAGACGUCCAAGGCCAUGAGCCUGUCACCCAAGCAAAGACCUAACUCCAAUGACCGUCAUUCCUCUACACCCAGGAAGCCUAUCUCGGCCCUUUUCAUCUUCUCGGAGGAGAAGAGGCCCAAGCUGCAGAGGCAGAGGCCAGAGCUGUCCGACAGCGAGCUGACGUGUACGUUAGCCAAGAUGUGGAACGAGCUCCCCGACAAGAAGAAGGAGAAAUAUGAACGUCUGGAGGUGACUCUGAAGGCCGAGCUGGAGAAGGUGGCCAAGGUUGACCGUGGCCUGCCCGUCCCACCCAAGAGGGCCCAAGACUUCUGGCAGCUUUCUGUCAUGGAGAGCUACUUGGCAAGCUUCAGUAACAACCGGGCGAAGGCCGAGGAUGCUAUGAAUUCAGUCUGGAUCUCGAUGGACAAGAAGCAGAAGAUGGUGUGGAUCAAGAAGGCUAUGGAAGAUCGGAAGCGAUACAACCGGGAGCUCGGCGAGAUGCAGCCCUUGAACGUGCCCGUCGGUUUGGGGAAGCAGCCAAAGUUCGUGGGGGAGCCCAAGAAACCACCAGGGAGUGGUUACCACAUCUUCUCUCAGGAGGUGCUCGCAAGCAAGGAGCUGACCCACCUUCCCUUAAAGGCGCGCAUGGGGGAGGUCGGGGCUCGGUGGAAGAGCUUGUCCGAAAGGGACAGAGAGUCCUACAGGGUGCUGGCAGCGACGAUGCUGGAGCAGUACAAGGACCAGCUGGACCUGUGGCUCCAGAGUCUGUCACCACAGGAACGGACUGCCUACGAUGAAUAUCGUUCCACGAAGCGUAAAAGAACGAACAAACCUAGCGGCUCGAAAGCCAAAAUGCCGCCAACAUCUGCGGAGAAAUCGGAUUCCGAAGACGGAGGUAUUGAUGAAGAUGAGGAUGAGGAAGAAGAGGUCUCGUCGGGGGAAGAGUCUUCGAACAAAGAAAAUGAUGAGGAGGAGGAGGAGGAAGAAGAGGAGGAUGAUGAGGAUGAUACCGAUCAAAAUGUGGAAGAGAAGGAUGAGGACACAGACAAGGAUACAAAGAACAAGGAGAAUGAGUCUGGGGGCAGUAGUGUGUCCAGUUCUGAGUCUUCAGACUCGGGCUCGGACUCCGAAUCUGACUCCAACACCGAUUUUAACUCUGACUGAGUUGACCAGCAGGGGAUAGAUGAGAAUGUUGCAUUCUGUCCUUCAGUAACAUGUAACCACUUGGGGUGAUGUCUGGCUCAUCUGUCACCUGUUACACUUCUAGUGUGUGUAUUUCUUCCUACACUGUGUGUAUAGCAGUUUAAAUGCUGUUGAUUGUUAUAAUGUCCUCUUGUCCAUCUUUAAAAGCUCUCCAAGGGGAAGAGAAACAUAGUACAGCGUUACUUAUCAGGAUCUUGUACUACCCAAGGCAUGGCUACAGAAACAUUUUUUUUUUUACUGAUGUGUGUAUUUUUAUUUUUUUUUUAUUUUUGUAUGCAAGUAGCCUGUCUCUGAGGUAGUGGAGGAGUUGGGUAAGUGGUAAGAAUUCUCUAGGUCAUGAAGCACCAAAAUAAUUGAAGUUGAAUUUCCAAUAUGAUUUAAUAUAAAGAGAUUAAGUAACUAUUGACGCAUUUAUCUAAUCUGAAUUAUCUGCUGUUUUCCAGAAGACCGCCACUGUUUUUAAGUUUGUUCUGGUUUUUUUUUUUUUAUAUGGGAAAUUUGUCUGCUCUUCUAGAAUUUCAGUUCUAGCCUGUCUGUCAAAACUUGUGUUCAAAUUGCAGAAUGUUAGGAUUACCAUAAAGGAUUUUAAAUGUGAUUCUGUUAAUGGGUUUUAUUUUGGUUCUGUCAGUUUCUGAUGGUUUUGGUAAUUUUUGAUUGUGGCGGCAAAACAAUGGUGACCUGAGAAAAUAAGAUUCUGUAACUGAAAGGAACUUUUUGAAAAAUAUUGGGGCAUGUUUAUCCUAAAAUAAAAUAUUUUUUCAGGGUUCAAUCUA